GAAGGGUAGUGGCGCUCUUCUAUGGAACAAUCUUCCUGAGGAAAUACGUACAUCAAAUUCCUUAGGUCUCUUUAAGAGAAGUUUCCAUAGAUGGUUUUCUGAUCAGUACUCCCACACGGCAAAUAUGUAAAACAGUUUUUGAGAAUUUUUAAGUAAUUUUCUAUGUUAGACUGAUGUUUUUAACCGUUUAUAAGUAAAGUUAUCAUUCAUUCAUUACAUCGCCAUUUGUUUAUUUUUGUGCGGAAUCUGUUCGGAGUGCAAGGUUCACCUCUAGCUUUAAUUUGCAACAGGUAACACAUUUCCCGACCAUGCCACCAUUGACUCUAAGAAAGGAAUGACAUAAAAAUCAUCGAGACAAUACUCUGAAACUGUUUUUCAGUUUUGCACAAGUACAGGCUGCUGUACUAGGCCUAGAACCACAGAUCGUUAUUAGCAGACCUCCAGCGCGCGCUUCGCGGACCCCCACUGCUAAGAUAAAUUGGUAACCUAUCGAAGCAGAAAAAUUUGGUUAUGACGUAGCCUACGAACCCGACCGUCCGUGCACCCACUUCAUGUAAGUCGAUGCUAAAUUUCAGGUUAUUUUGGCUGGAAAGCGUUUGGACACCCACGUCUUGUGAAGCAGAGACAACUAAAGAGUCAAAAACGACAAAAGCGGAAAGCGGAAAAUGUUUUAUCCUGAGAUCAGCCUCUAUUUUCGUUUCGCUUUGAAAAUUUCAUUCCGGCGGGUAUGGCGAAACGAAAAGAGAGGCCCAAUUUCAGCGUUGGCCGUUAGAGAGAAUGAUCUCAGGUUAAAAAUGUUUCUGUAUCCGUGUUCUCUAAAGUAUUAAGAUUAGAUUAAUUGUCAUGUCCACAAAUUUGGAAUAUAGAGAAAGAGGAGAGAGAGACAGAGAAAAAGAAAAAGUAGGGCGACAGACCAGCGAAGAGAAGCUCAACGAGAAAAAGAGCUAUAGCGAGAGGGAAAAAGCAAAGGAGACAUUGGAGGAACAACAUGAAUUUUGUAGCGGCGAUAAGAAAAUGCAUGAGAAAUGCUAGCGAGAAGUGAAAGAGAGAAAGAGAAAUGAGAAGUGAGCGACAGUGGAAAAAAACACGUACGACAUUUCUUCCGUAAAACGUGUAACCAGGAAGUUUCUGAAAGUGUCACGUUGUAGUCGUGCAGAACAACGGCAAAGAAAUGUACAAAAAAAAAGUGUGCUGCACGUGCAAAGUUACUUUUUUGCUAAUUAGACCUAUUGUUUUUUUUCACCGUUCUCGUUGCCUUCGCCCCUUAGCAUUACACGAUUUUAUAUUUUGUUUGAGCAAACUAUAAAUAUUAUCGUGAGCUUCGCUUUUUGCCCUUGCGAAAUCUUUAUUAUAUAUCAAGCUAGACCUCACCUGUUCUCGGCAGAAAACGAAAAACAAACGUUAUGGACUGAAGUUAUCCUUGCUUUAAUUUCAUCAACCACUAGCUGGAGCUAUUCGUGGGAAAUCCUAAAAUAAUAGCCCUCGUUACAGUCUUUUCCCUGGGCAAGCGAACUGUGGAAACGAUGAGACAUGCCCUUAUAAGGAAGGAGAGAGUGGACUGGGAAGGGGAUGAGAACGAGCACCUUUCGGUUCUCCUAUUCCAUUUCUCAAAAUGAGUUUUGGGCAUCAGUUGUAAUUGUACCUUGUAAUUCUCCUACAGGUGGCGAGCCCGAAGAGAAGUCAGAAGAGACUGGGAAUCAAACCGAUGAUGAAAAAACUCGGAGACCCCUUCUGACUAUUUCUCAAUUCAUGUAUUACAUUAAUGAACGCUUUUACGGACACUGUGUAACGCCACUGUAAGUGUUGAGUGUAUUUUCUUUCAACCUUUGGUGAAGGUUAGCAAUUAAAUGCGAUUUUGUGUGAGCGUGAUAAAACCUGUUUAGGAGGAAUACAACCUAAGUAUUUCCGCUUUCUUUAAAAUAAAAAGAUAGCUACCGGAUUAUGUACACAAGAUGACCCAGUCAGCAUCUUUAACGGCAGUGGUAUCGAGAGCAGGCGUGUAAAUGUACCACAGUAAAGAAAACUGUGGUACCUGUUUUGUACAUACCAAAUUGAGGUUAUUGGAUUUGGUUGCUUGAACUAUGUAAAUGAAAUGUUUUAUUUUUAAUUUUAGUCAAUCAUUCAUUUCAAUGAAAGUAAUCCACGGUUUAUAGGUGAAAAAGCUGUCCGUGCCUACUACCUUAAAGCAGCAUUACUUCCCAAACGAUAAGCUAUGUUUGUCAGCCUGAGGCUAGACUGUUCACAGUCCCCUAUAUUUUCGUGAGAUCGUCGAGCUAUAGCGUGUCUUAAGUACCGUUAAUGGCGGCCAUCUUGAUUUUCAAAUGUACCAAGGGGACGGGCGUCGGGGAUUAUAGCUCUAGGGUACGGGGGGCGAGAAAAAGCGCUCCAUCUCGACGAUCUUACGGGAAAAUAGAGAACUGUGAACAGUCUAGCCUGAGGCCUUUGAUUUGUUAUUAAGGCAAGUAAAUAUAAUGACGGACUUUGUGGACGCGGAGAUUUUCCUAAUCGAUGGCGAUUCCUUGCUCCUGGACUUUCUUGCUGAGAGGAGCUUGGACUGGAGUAAUGGCGGGCAGUUCCUCCAUCUGACAUAUCUAGUGGAACGAUUUUUACAGUAUUUUACAGAUAAAGGUUAGUCUAGUUACAUAAUAUCGUAAAUAGGACUAUUUGCCUUAAACGAAAAGAGAGAAUAACAAAAGAAAUGAAAUCUAUUCUUUCUUACUGCCGGUGUUUUCCUCGGUUUAGGUAAUUGGUGAAUGCAUGAGAGCGAUUUCAUUCAGGUAGUCAGUAGAUAAUAGUUUUGUACUUUAUAUCUGGUCCUUGGUAGAAAAGCCCCUUAACAUACUUCGCUUCGUUCCAAACGGCUUUGGAAAAAGGAAGAAACCGUCAUCUUUAAGAUUUUGUUAUGAAGAGCGGUGAUUAUUAUUAGGUAGAGACACCAUAACAUUAUCGAGGUGCCUGUCUUUAAACGAUGCCCACCUAAACAUUGUCUUCGGCAAUUGAGUGCCUUUGCAAAAUGAUUGCAAUAUUGGUGCACUACGACAAAUGGUAAUUCUGAAAUAAAAGAUUAACAGCUGGUGUUCUCUAAGCACGCUGUAUGGGGGUUACAAAGCAAUGAGCCACGUUUUUGCACAUUGUAAUUUUGAGGGGAUCUCGUAUGCCUUGCUAUAAAUAACAAUCUAGUCAACAGAAUUGACAGAUUUCUAAACCAGUUUACUUUAUUUAGGGGGCGUUUUCCACAUAGUGUUUUUAAAAGGAAUGGAAAUUAUCUGGAACAGCCAGCCGUCCAUGCUGUUAGCACGCCAAGCCCUUAUUCUGCAUCUUAAGUACAAUACAACUUUCACCGUUGUCACUUCAAUCGAUCACUUUUUUGGAAAGCAGUGGAGAGAUUAUGUUAAUAUCAAAAUUCCCGCAUUUCUGGUGCUGACAGACGCAGAAAAUAUUCCUUGGGAACCUGGAGAGAAAACUCGUCGAGGAUUGCAGUUUUUGUUCAGAAGUCUUCUUUUUCACAGUCUCGGCGAGGGUUUAAACUGUGUAUUUAUUUCCGGUAUUGAAAUGACUGCAACUAAAGUGAUGGGAUAUUACAUGGAGUCUUUACCAGAUCAUAGAUUACGCUUCAGAAAGGUAGGGCCUGUUCAGGUUCAAUAGUAUGCAAAGUCUAGAGCUUAAAAUUGAUCUUCAACCUACAAAUUUAAUGAAAUGAAAUCAGUUCAGUUCAAAUUGCUCAGAAUCUGGACUUGAGAUCACGCCAUAUGGUGACUAUCGGGAAUACAACGAAUAACUAGCUAGUCCCACCACCGAAAUUUCUCGACUUAGAUAUUCCAUUUUCGUGAAGGCUAGACCCCCGAAUUAAAGUCGUUUCUAAAACAAGGCAUUGUAACAAAGUGCCUAAGAUACUUUCAAAGGGUCAAAGAUCCACUUCCUCCAAGAGAAAGAAAUUUUAAAAAAUUUCCUUGGAAAAUGGCGGGCCGAAAAACACUUCAGAUUCAAACUAGCCUGCAUGACAGGCGCUUUAUGAGCCACGCUGGGCGAACGCAGCUUUUUGCGCGAAGCACCAGACAAGCUCGCCAUCCAGGCUAAUUCCUGGUGCUAAUUCAAACAGUCGGGCCAAGUUUGAAAAUAAUCGCUAGAGACGUCUAUGACUUUGUUUUGAUAAGAGUGCUCUUGUUUUUGUAGUUUUCCAAGACUUGCUGGAAAGCAUGGUGUGCUGUAAUGAGUUAUUUUCGUAAAGAAGCGUCCAGUGAUGACCAACAGGCUCCAGGAACCUCUCUAGUAACACAGGUAUGGAUAACCAAAUGAGGACCUAGUUACUUUAUAAAAAGGGGGUCACAGGUCACAAUCAGGCGUGGAUCCACAACGGUUUCCACUGUUUUACAGAAAUCGGUCAGAUUUUUCAUAACAAAUAUAUUUUUAAUAAUAAAAAGCUUUCCAAGUUGAAAUCUUGCUCCAUAUCCAACAUACAAUGUGGAAAUUAACCUUUAUGAAAUAAUCCGUCGAUUUGCGAGGCUUCACCCGAGGAGAACGGAACGGGCCAAUAUCCUGUCUGAAUGGCUCAGAAAUCCAGGAAAGGGAUGCGCCACUUUAGGGAGUGGCGCAUACCCCGGACCCCCCAAGAAGCUCGCACCUUCCGCUCUCGUUUAGGAAAUCGGUCAGUAUUAAUCCUAGAUCCGCGCCUGACAAUGGUCAAUUUCUCUAACAAUGUUCAGGGACAAUUGUUAGGAUCGUUUCAUAUCCUAAUGUUCGACGGCGGAGAUCGGACAAGCAAUCACUACAGUAAUCAUGGAAAUAAAAUCAACUGAUCGUGAAAUUGGUAAUGUUAAGUUUUGCGACACUAUCUAAUUGCGAAAACGUCCUAUAAAACUGGCUAUAUCAAUUAAGGCAAGGCAGAAGGAUAAAAGUUAAAAUGCUUAACUUUUUGCGUACGUAAUAACUAUGUAAAGUAUAAUUGUUUCGGCUUCUACAUGUACAAGAACUAAUAAAACCGCAAAGCAUAAAAGAUCAUUGUAUAUUAUAACGAGAACCAUGUUCUGAUUUACAUUGCAGUUGGAUCUGAAAGAGAAAGUAAAAUCUGCUCUUCAGUCUCCAAAUAAGAGAGGGUGCCGUGAGCUAGCAACCGUUCUUGGUUGUGAAAUGCUCCUGACUAAAAUUCUGAAUGACUCUAAUGUCAGCAAGGUACCUGAUGUUGUAUAUCAAUCAACUUAUUGAAAUAUCUUAAAAAUGGACGCUAUAAACUGACAACGAAAUAAUGGCCGCGAUGCGCUUUGUUAUUGUUAAAGUACAUGCCAACUCUGACUACGGGCGUGAAUCGUUAAGGUGAACGGACGUUCCUAUUUUUAACGUGUCACUCCGUAAAUUUCAUUUUACUUAUUUCUUUCUGACUGGGGAGCCCAGGCCUCAUAAGUCUUUUAGUUUCUUCUGGGCUCCCUUGCCAACUCAUAAUUCCUAUAUAUAUUCCUGUACUGUAAAAAAUAUUUUGGCUAAAUAAAUGGACUGAAUUGAACUGAAAAAUCUUAGUUAAUUAUGUAAGAGAAAGUGGAGCCGUUAACCCUAGCGACUGAUCUACCAGCUCGUUUUAGGCUUUAAUAAAUUUGAGAUCUUGUGGCUUAAAACUGUUGACAAGGAUCGGCGAUGAAGAAACAAUAAUAAUAUGAAGUACAUUCUGUGUAUUAAGUGAUAAAGUUGCACUUUAUUAAUUUUUUGUGACCAUAGGAAUCAGCCAAAACUGCAGAAAGCAGAAUCAAGCUUUUCCUGCUUCACUCCUUACUACUGAGUAGACUGCCAUUGAAGUAUAGAGCACAUACUUUAAAAGGCCACUUGUUGACUAAGUUCUGCGAGGGAAAGGAUGAUCAAUUUCAGUAUAACUUUGACGAGGUAAGUAUGACAAAAAGGUUAAGAAUACUUUAGCUGUAAAGAUAGCUUAUUAGGACUCUGGUAGUAAAAAGGUACCCAUUCUGGACGACCGUGAAGAAAGCGCGAUUCUCAUGCGAUGUUUUCUAAAUGGCCUUUUUUGUUGCAAUCAUGUACAUGGUAUAAAUUUGCCACAUUGGAAAGCAAGCAACAAAGUGGGGCGAGGAACAAAGGCUCACUUCAGGGUAGGAUUUGAACUUGGGUUCUCCAGAGUCCGACGCUUUUACUACUUGUUAUGCUGCCUAAGGAGGAUUAUUGAACGUCUUUGAACUUUUUAUUUUCCUGACAGAUGCACAAAUGCCUGUGGGAGAUUUUAAAGGUCAUACAGGAUGAGUACCCCUCCAUACUCGCAACUGGCCAUUCACUUGACAUGACUUCAGUGGCUGAUCUAAUGGACAGUCGACUUCUUCAUACUCUCUUUUCCCUAACCUUAGCAUUUGAAGGAAUGAAAGGUUCGAAUAGAACACGUUAUCCCUUCCGUUUUUAAUUCUUACUGUUGUUUUCCCUAUUCGUCGUCCUUAGGUACCUGUUUUACCUAUCUGCAAUUUACCUUAGCUGUUAGCUUACCGAAAGAUGUCAUAGAAGAAGCGGAGAGUACCUGGGGUAUAGUUGUUGCUGAUUUGAAAACUACCUGCACUCAACACUCUGAUGUUUUGGCCACUCAGUUUCUUCCUUUUUCGGUUAAAAUUGGGAGGGAAUUUCGAACAGUUAAAGGUGAGAGCAGUUUUUGAUGGAUACUCAGCUUAGGUAAUUUCAGCUAUCUAAAGCUAACUAAAACUCAACCUUUUGGUCCUUCUAGUAGUAUAGUGCGCACCAGUUAGUUCUUCUUCUUGGGGUGGUGAAAGAGUUUCGUUCGUCUGAGAAGAAACCACUGCAUGACAUGGGUGACGUCAUAUCUUGUUGCCUAAUUAAUAGGCCAUUCCCGAGGUGCCCCAAGUCUCUGUUUCAAAGCGAGGCUAAGUGCUAAGCCAUUGAUUUGAGAACGAUUUUUUAUUCCCGUGCAAAUAAUACUCGUUUUCACAAGAAAGAAUUUGCACUUGGCCACGUUUUGAAAGUGAGGGUUUUUUGGAACCCGGAAAUAGCCUGCUCGAUUCUGGGUUCAUCAAUAGUUUAUGUUAAUGAGAGACGAAGACAUAAAACUAGCUGUUUACACUAAACACAAGGUUGUGUGGUGAAGCGUUUAUUUCAAUGAAUCGUCUCAUCUUCUACAUGCUCCUCAGAGUGGAUUCCGUUUUAGCAUGCACGUAUAGCCGUUGCAUUUUCCGACUGGAAUUUUUUAUUGUUGUCAAUCAGAAUUCCAGCCGGCAAAUGCGACGGCCAUAAGCGUAUGCUGGAUGCUGCAUAUGAAUCGACCCUUAAUUAAAACUUUUAGCCUGCGAAUACUUUCACGUAGAGUAAACAAGUUUUAGUUGAAACACUCUGCCAUAGUUCAACUCUUGACCGCCACAACUUUAAGGAAAGCUGAGCUGGCACCUUAUAUAUCAAAAAGUCUCAUUUUGUAACUUUUUGUGUAAUUUCAUUCCUUUUUAGAAGCAUGUGCCGAUUCAGAAACCUGCGUAAAACUAACACGUCUUCUUGAGAUGGAAAAUUCUCUUGUAAGUGAGUACGCUGGUGACAUGCGGUUAAAGAUAAACGAAAUAGCUGGGUAGGUGUAACGGCGAGUUAAGACUCGUUGAGUUGUUUAAGACUUUGCAAACGUAUUACUAUCUGCUAACUACCGCAUGCGAUGGUUGCUAAGGAGUAUUUUCCUUGGUAUUUUUUAGAGACGAAAUAGACGACACAGUAUUUUACGAAGGUCGUGCGUUUGAUGAACUCUACCACUGGCACUCGCUAAAACCCCUUUCAGAUGAUUGUGAAAGAACUAAAGGUGACAUCAAAGGUAAGUAUUGAGGCGGAAAUCCGCAAAAGAGAGCGUAUCUCAGUACAGAAAUGAUCUGAAGGGGCUUCUAUUUGAUCUAUAGACAGUUAGUACGUAUCGGUGUAAAAGCAAGGCGUGGCAUACCAUGAAUAAUAGGUCUUUUUAUUAUCCGUAGGCAUACCGAUUCUCGCCCUCAGUUUUCAAUCAUUUACUUUACUGUAAACAAUGUAGAAACAACACUUGUCUUUCCCAAGGCUAUUAAAUAUAAAAGCAAGAGCCAUAAUAGGUCCUAUUAUGGCUCUUGAUAAAAGCUAUUUCCAUGAGUUCCGGACUCAAACCUUUUGAAAAGAAUCAGAAUCUUAGAAACUUGCAUAUUAUUCACUUUUGUGGUGGAAUUAGUUUGAUUUAAACAAGUUCUCCUAAAACCAGAAUAUUUCCAGAUAACUGUCAUGACCAUCUCUGCAUUUACUAAAUUUCUUCAUUCCGCAGUUCAAAUAUAUGGAAUCCGUAUAUUCAUCAUUUCAUUUUCAACUUUCCCGAGUGUAUUAUGAACCAAUUUAAUGACAAGCUCCCAGUUUGCUUGCUAGCACAAUUCAUCAGAGCGCUGUACCGGUAUCGCUGAGGUCAAGGUUCGAAUCUUGGCAAGCCUGAAUUUUUUCAGGCCUCCAUUUCUCAACUGUAUAAGUUAUGUAUUUAACUUUGAUGAUCGUCUCAGCAUUUAUUUCUUCAUCACGCAGUCCAAAUAUAUGGUAUUCAUAAAUUCAUUAUUUCAUCAUAUUAAAUACACACAUUUUACACUUUUACACACUUUUACACAUUUUACACUUACUUCUUGAAAAUACCUGUUGGACUUACGCCUUACCUUUUAUGUUUGAUUUUGUGACCAGAAAAACCUCCGGACGAUCGAAAAGCACGAUUUUGGUAUUACAAAAGAAAACAACAAUUUGCGCGUUAUCACCGACUUUAUGGAGAUUCACUUUCUGGUGGUGUUGACCGUGCGAAAAUAAUCACAGUAACGGAAACUGAGAAUAAGAAGAAAAAAGGAAAGGACAAAAAAGGAAAAGUGGUAAGUUGCGAGAUAAACCAUAAACUGCACCUAUAUUUUUAAAACAAUGUAAUGAAUAUUCGAAAGUCUUUAAAUGGUUACAGGCGGAAAGAGGUGUUGCUAUAAAAGGUAAAUUACCACCUAAUGUGGAGAACUCCUACAGUACUGUAGCAGCUGCACAUAAGGUUUGUUUCCCUGGUUACAGAAAACAAAAACACAGCAUUUUUUCCACCGCUUCACGGUUAAGGUUGUAAACCAAUGGGCUACACUGAUGGAGAAUCUUUGUUUUCAUCUCCUUUUUCAGAGCUCGAAAGCAGCAAAAAUCAUUGAAGAGAAUAAGAGAAAGCGUAGAGGUAUGUGCUUGGGGCCAAACAAUUUAAGUAAAUUGGCCAGCCUGAUAGGGGAAUGAACGAAAGGGCCGGUAGCGUCAGUGACUGGUUACCUUGUUUAUAUAGCACUGGUCUGGUGAACGGGAGGUCGCGGGAUAGAACCCGAGGUGGACAAAACAGGCACUUCUGGUAAGAUCAUCCCGACUGUGAGUGAUACAGAUAUCUCUCUUUCAGUCAAGCUGAUUGCUUCAUUUAGGCGGCGGUUUGUUCCCUUUACAGCUCGGAGACGUAAGAAAAACUGGCAACUAUAUGACUGGACAACUAUGAAAUUUUACUAACAAAAAAACGACUGUUAUUAGUGCGCUUAAGAAGGGACGAUGACGAAGACGGCAGUGAAAAAGCCGCUAAAAAAUGAAUCUGCGUCCUUUCAAACUUAUUCGGAUCUAUUUAAUUUGGACCCGCUCAAUUCGUCUAGUGUGGGCGAUUUUUCGUGGAGUUGAAUUCUUGAGGGACUUUACCCAGGUUCAAAAAGAGAAAGGAAAAUUCGUCGUCGUAUGUUCACGUCCUCCAUGAAACCUCGCGGUAGGAGGUUUCACGUCCUGGUGGUGCAGUGGACGUUAAAAAAUGGGCUUAAGAGUGUGAUGCACGUGCAGAGCUAUUUUUGUGCUCAUAAAACCAAAUGUUUUUUGACUGUUACUCCGCUUAAGUCUGUUAGGCUUUGUUAAUGAUCAUGAAGGCUAACUCGAUCUUGGGACUUGCGUGGUUAAACUGAUAUGACGUUUAAUGCAUCAGUCAAUUCCAGCUGCGCCUAGCCCCCCCCCCCCUCUUCCCCCCCCUCCACCCGGGGUUACUGCGGGACAUUUGACCGCCUUGUAAGUCCUGGGGGUGGGGCAUUUGCAAAUUUUGAGCUGCCUAGGGGCCGGGCAUUUGCCAACCCCGGGGCCAUUUCCGAGCUUUUGACACGCACGUAGUUUCGUAUCAUGAUAAUAACGACACAGAAGAUUUUACUGGAAAUAAAGUAGAUUGGCUCAUCUGUCAAGGACAGGAAAAAAUUGAAGAGGGUUGUGAAGACUGUGAAGGCAUGUCCUCGAUUUUAUGCAUUCAGUUUCUUCAGUGCUUAUCAAGCUAGAAUUAUAUAACCAAGUCAGGAGCAAUCGAUGUGAAUCAACGUUUUUUGGUUAUUGAAUCAAAUUUCUGUUGAUAUUAUUUGAAGAACACCCUUUCAUAUUUAUAAAACUAUUCAUAACUUUACAGCGCUCUAUUUAUUUUAAUGUCAAUAAUUUUAUAGCAAUACUAAAACCAUAAACUAGUACAUACCGUCGCGGCGUGAAGUCUUAAUUAGAAUCCUAGCACUAUUACAAAGGAAGACGUUACUUGAAACAAAAAAUCGCCCAUUAAAACGCUUUAAACGGCACUAUUCGACUGUGCGAUAACUGAAAAAUGCUGCAGUGUUGACGGACGAAGGGUCAUUUGCCCUCUUUUUUCGUCCUAACCUGACAGCUCAAGAGUCCCCACCCCCGAGAAUUUUGCUAUCCAAGGAAAAAAAACCUGCUAAUGCCCUGCGGUCAGCCCGGGGGGUGGGGGGCUGGGCGCAGCUGGAAUUGACUGAUGCAUAAAUGAAAAAUCAUCACUACUUACAGAGCAACAGCAGGAAAAGGACCAAGAAAAAUGGACACAUAUUCUGGCGGAGACCGUAAAAAGUCUGAAAAGAGAUAAUUACAGUGCUGCCUUGCAGUUCGUUGACAAAUUUGUGGCAGAUUGUGAAACACCUGAGUUCAAUCUUCAAGCUCUUAUGAAGAAAGCACAGAGUUGUCUGGAUGCCUGGCAAGAGACGCGUAAGUUCCUUAACUUUCCUUUCUUUCAUUUGCUUCCUUAAAGUUUCUUUCUUUGGCGAUAAAAUGAUUGUCAUGUCAGAAACGCCAGAUGAGGUAUAUAAUGUCAGAUGGAGGAAAUUAACAGCGUCGACUUAAAUACUGACUGCGUCUUUGGGCAUGGUGCCAGACAACUCUUCCUGUAAGCUUCUGUUGCCCCCCCGGGGGGGGGGUACUGCUAUAUAUGGGCUAUACUGGUAUGUGCCGCUGUGAAGGGUAUGGUUUUCAAGCAGUUUACUCUAGGAUACGGUAUAUGAAUCAGAGCGUUUGGGUCUAGAUUAGGGUAUUAUUUUUCAGGAAACUGAUCAGUUGGUUGAAGAUUUUAUCUAGACUAGGGAUUGUGGUAGGAUAGGGGGGAUUAGGGGAGUUUACUCUAGUAUAGGGUAUCAAAAUUCAGCUGAACUAGCUCUGGUAUAGGUUAAGGGUUCCAGGGUCCCAGCGGCACAUCCCCACCCAGAAGUUCCUGAAGUACCCUCCCCAGGCUGUUGCCUUACAGCAGAAAACCUCAUCUGGAUAUGAAGAUCGAAAGAAUUAUUCGAAUCACUAAAAUUCUUGCCUUAUCUGAGACAUAUAUACCAAUAAAAAAACACACACACACCAGGCAAUUCAUAAAACCUUAGGUAUUCCCUCAAAUUUGCCCUAUCAGUCUAUAUCCUGUCUAAAUAUGCAAUUACUAUGAAUUUUUCUAUUUCUUUCAACCCAAAGAAAGUACGAUUAUGUGUUAGGUGCAAAAAUAUAAUUACAUAUGUAAAUAGCAAAUUGUGAUUUAUUAGUGUAAGUAUGGCCAAAGAAGGUUCUAUUUUGUGCUUGGAAAUUGUUGCAGCAUUGUAGUAUUUCUCUUUUGUUGUUGUUGUUGUUGUUGCAGGGGCGGAUCCAGGAUUUUUUUUUAGGAGGGGGUGCACUUGUCUCUUGCUCUACUUCAACACCAAUAAACCACAUAGUUUUUUUUUUUGGCAGAAUACCAGUUGUAUUAGAAAACCGCACAUCAUCUCGGGGGGGGGGGGUGCGCACCCCCUGCACCCUCCCCCUAGAUCCGCCCCUGUGUUGUUUUUGCUACAACAACCUACCGUUAAUUUAACCAAAAUUUUAACUUUAAUUUUCCUAGUCAAGGAAAUUCCCAAAAUUUUGAACCUUCUGGUUUUUCAAUUUCCUUUUCUUUAUCAACCGAACCUGCCCUAACGUUACGUUUAAAUCUUCUUGUUUUUCCUGCCUAGGGGUGGUUCGGUAUUUUUUUUUUGGGGGGGGGGUUUUUGUUCUUUCUUCCUUUUCCCCCCCCAUUAUCCUCUUUGUUUUUUUUUUUGGGGGAAUACUGGUUGUUUUGGAAAACCCCCCAUCUUCGGGGGGGGGGGGGGGUGCGCACCCCCUGCACCCUCCCCCUAGAUCCGCCCCUGUGUUGUUGUUGCUACAACAACCUACCGUUAAUUUAACCAAAAUUUUAACUUUAAUUUUCCUAGUCAAGGAAAUUCCCAAGAUUUUGAACCUUCUGGUAUUUCAAUUUCCUUUUCUUUAGCAACCGAACCUGCGCUAACGUUACGUUUAAAUCUACUGGUUAUACCUGCAUGGGUUAUACCUUUAUCCAGAUUCAAACCAGGCGUUUUUUCAAACAGUCUAACGAUUUACUGUUUUCUUAACAGAGAUACUCGCUGUGUCUAUAGGAUUUUUGUACACUACAUUUUAUACGACUCCAAAAUUUCAAUCGUUGUGCUAUCAUUCCAGGCUCCCGUGACGCCAAAUCAAAUGACAUGAAAUAUCCAGUUCUUCUCAUGGAAAGCGUCCAGAAAAUAACAGAAGGAUUUGAAAGUCUUCUCACCGACAAAGACAAGAAGAAACUGGCAGGAUACAUGCAAAAACUUGGAUUUGAAGACAUCUCAACCACGUUUUACAAGCUGAAUACAGAAAGUGGCAGAAAGGUCAGUAAUAAACUGUCUACUGAAACAAUUUUAAGCCCAUAAAAAAUAAUUCAAAAACAUAUAAUGGCAACUGGCCAACUAGGUUUCAUUUUAAAGUUCACACCAAGAAGUUAGAACAGGGCUUUUAACAUGUUUAAUGAUCAACUUCGUCGAUUAUUCAAUUGUUUUCUUUCUUUCUUUCAAUUUUGGCGUAGAUCAUAUUAGUUUUCAAAGAACUAUAAAGCCUCGCAUUCGUCCUUAAAGUGAAUUUCUUAUCACGUAGGCUGGACAGUUGUCACUUAACACAACAAGCGCAAGAUUCCAACUAGAGUACAUGGGACAUUUACUGAAAAGGGAAGAGCGGACUGAUCCUGACAGUCGAGUAGACCACUUCAUUCCUGACUCGUGGCAGGUAUGUCUUAAGCACUCACUUUGUCAAAACUAAAAUAUAAACAAAAGAAAAAACGAGCUUGACCUCGGUCCUGAGCCGGUUUUUUACCGACAUGACACCCAAGCCUUUUAUCAGCACUUACAGCUGUCUGACAUUCAAACCAUAAAAUUAACGCUGCUCUGCCAAGAUUAGCUGGCUAUUGUGCUAGUCCGAUGAAGAGACAGCCUCAAAAGUGCUGCUUUGGGAAACCAAACAUGGUCAGCCAAAUCGAGGUAGACCAAGAAUUACAAACAUUGACACCAUCAAAGCUGACAAUGGACUGGACAAUACCAAAGAAAUAAGAGACGCAAUGCUCGAUCAGGUCGUGUGGAAAGAUUUUGUGAGGACGGCUCGGGGUGAUUCCGGCCUAAGGAAGUAAGUAAGUGCUCUGCCAAACGUAAUUUCAGGCGUUUAAUUCUAAAUUCCAAUUUUCAGCGUGAUCUUCUCGAUGCUGUGGAUAAUAAUGAGUCAGCUGUGAUAGUUGCACCCACAUCAUCAGGAAAGACAUACGCCUCGUAUUACUGCAUGGAAAAAGUACUGAGGGAGAGCAACAAUGGAGUAGUGGUUUAUGUCUCUCCCACUAAGGUAUCAGUCUUGUUUAGAAAUUUCUAUUAUGUUUGUCGUAUUGCCACGCUUUAAUUUUGGCCGAAACAUCUUGCGUCACAGAUCUUUGUAAACAAUAAAAAGUAGAACCAAAUGACCAAUCGCGUGCUACCAAGUGUUUCUCGCCCUUGGCGUAACAUUACUUUACUCUUCAUCAGGGUUCGUACAGGUCAUGGAAAACCUGGAAAGUCAUGGAAAAUUAAAGUCAUAUUAGAUAGAUUAGAUACUGCAGAUGUCAAAGGAAGGACAAUGUAAGAGAGAGACGAGUAAUUAAAUGGCAUGGAUUUUAGUGGAUACCAAAGUUAGUGUCUGUUGAAAUGAGUUAGAUUAAAAAAUACUCUAAAUGCUAAAACAAGGAUACUUUUGAAAAUAUUCGAACGUGACAGCAAACCCUAAGGUCAUGGAAACCUUGUGAAGGUCAUAGAAAAAUUCAUGGGAAGUCAUGGAAUUUAAAGAGCUCAAAAGAUCGAGUGCGAACCCUGCUCAUACUUCUUUACACGUGAAGUCUUGGCGAUGCUACAGAUGUGUUGCUUUUGGUGAGCUUUCUUUGCUCAUAAUGUAUUCCUCCGCAAGUUAAUGAGAUUCCACAGCACAAAAUGGAGUAACCGGUGCGCACUAUACUACUAGCAUAAAACAGUUUACUUCUCAGUCUCACCAAAAUAUCCUUUGUUUUCGAAUUUGUGAAAAUCAAUUUCAGCAACUACUAUAUAAUCACAGAAUUGACUGAAAUAUCACAAAUCAACAGCUUCGACACAAGGAGCACGGGUAGGCAAAACUGAAGAGUAGGGAAAGUUGAAAAACGCUUGCCAGCUGUUUUUUCAAGUUUGUGACUUACAAUUGUCUUAGAUAUGACUUACAAUUGCAAUUAGGCGAGAAUUUUGUCAUAAAAGACGUUUCUUUCACCAAUAAGAACUUUAAAGCGCUGGCGUGUAAGUGAAAAAAAAAAUAGACAAAACCAUUAAAAAUACUGUGACUUAGUCCGUUUAACAUUAUCACGAGUUUAACGUUUUUAACUAAUUUUAGUUUUAAAUGUUUACCGAGGAAAUCGAGUCAAAGUUUGGUCUUUUAGCUUUUCAUCCCUAUCAGUAAAAACGUUUUAACUGCACUCCUAACAUCUCCUUAACACUGUAUAUUACAGGCUCUUGUAAAUCAAGUUGCUGCCACAAUUUACGCCAACUUUCAUCGUAAGAAACUUCCUGCGGGAAAAGCUGUGUACGGGGUAUUCACCAGAGAUUAUCAGUACAAUACUUUGAACUCUCAGGUAAUUGUUGUGAUGCUUAUUACAAAUCUUUUACAUUCCGGUCGCCGUCCUUUUCCUUCAUCAUUGUAUGUAUUACCUGAGGCGGUCUGGGUAGUUUACAUCUGGGGCUGUCAAGUAAUAUCCCUAACUCCAACAAAAAUAGAGUUGAUUCAACUUUUAGGCUAACGAAAAUAUAGGUCUAGAAGAAGUGAAAAAAAGAAAACAAAUAAAAAUCCCAAACAGAAAGAAAGAAAACAGCUUUGCGUUCCAAGGAUGGGGCAAAGGAAAGGAAAGGUAAAAGCUUGGUCCUUUUAGUAUUUAUGAACACGAUGCAUUGCUCAAUUAGUUAACUUGCUAAAAGGCAUACACUAGUCUGUAAUUGAAAAAAUUGAUCUUUGGUUUUCAGAUUCUUGUCACAGUCCCUCAGUGCCUGGAAAUUCUCUUCCUCUCGCCUGCCAGACAGGACUGGACAAAAAAUAUCAAAUAUGUGAUCUUUGAUGAGGUAAUACAUAUAUUGUUUUCAUAACAGCAAGUGUUCCACUUGUUCAAGCUUUGUGUUAUUUUAUUAUUAUUUUUUUUUACGUUUUUCCUUCUCCAAUGCUUCAUGUAAUACUGUAGUACAGAACAUUAUGCUCAUAUGUAAUCAAAGACACUAUUUCAGGCAAACAUUGGAAACGUUCGUUUAUCUUAUUUAGGUUCACUGCCUUGGUCAGGAGAUUGGAGCUGAAGUCUGGGAACAUCUCCUCCUUUUGAUUCGUUGUCCCUUCCUGGCGCUUUCAGCGACCAUUGGGAAUCCACAAGAUUUACUGAAGUAGGCUUUUAGCUCAUCUUUUUCGACUUGUUUACGUUUACCUUGCUCAUUUGUAUCACGAGCCCAAUGCACUCUUGGUUGUAUCAAGUUUAUCAGUUCACAGACAUCACAAAAACAGUGUAGUCAUCGAAUCCCUCACGUCAUUGUUAAAAUUAAAAGAUUCUUGUUUUUCCGCGUUUUGUGCGUUAUCUGUCCUUUCAAAAAAAAAACCCGUAGUGGUUAUUUGGCUAGCUAUAUAUUCAUUCUUGUUGUUAUUCAUUCAAAAUAUUGCGCCGUUUCUAAAUGGCUUUGAUCCACCAACCUCGUUCCCAGGGUCCUCUCCCAUUGAGCCCCCGUGGCCACGGGGGCCGAGUAGGAGAGGACCCUGGGAAUGAGGUCUUUGAUCUACCGGCUAAUUCUUCGUAAUAGCUGGUGCUGACUAAAUUUGGAAAAUGCAGGCAAUAUUCAAUCAUUGACGUCGCGCAAGACAGAGGCGCGGCAGCUUAGCUUUUUAUUGCAUCAGUGGAUAACUCAAGAAAAAGUGAAGAGUCAACGACUACUGGGACGAAGACGAAAUAGCUGAAAUUCUGGCUGAAAAUACGGAGCAAAUAUAAGAAAACACAAGACAAAAUCAAGUAUUGCUCGAUGGAUGUCAUCUGCUUUUUCAAGAGAGAAUGAGCUUUUUCCUUUUUGUUGAGUAUCUGCAAGGAAAUAACAAUCAUUCAUAUUCAUUCACUUGUGUAACAAUGAAAAAGAUAUUUUGAUGAAAGAAAAGGAACAUGAUGGAAACCAUUGUUGUCAAAUAAAAUUGCAGCUGGUUGCAGGCCGCACAAGACUUCCGUGAAAAACAGGAUAAACAAGACGGUGGAAAGCUAAGGAAAUCAUACAGAAUCAGACUAGGUAUUACUUGCUUUACUAAUUAUCAUACUUUUGUUUCCGUUGAUAAGCAAAAAAAUUUAGCCUAGAUCAAGCAUGUUUUAUAAGGUUAUAAGCGCAUUAAUCAUUAUACCUUGGGGCAUAUACCUUUGAAGCCCGGCUCCCAUUUCAACGUUGCGGAUUACACCCUAGCUCAUCGAUAUGAAUUUUAUUAUUCAAAGCGUGUGUAUAUUAAACAUCGAAAAUACAAUUGAACUGAAUUGUUCUCUCUUGCAACUAUAUCUGCACAUGACUUAAAUGGGGCGAGGUGUUCAGUAAAAAAUUAAACGUAAUAAAAUAGGCUUUUGUUUCGUCUACAUUCAUUCAUUCAUGUCUAAUCUUCUUUUGCUUUUGAACGAAAGUAACUUGUGAAGAACGAUACUCAGAUCUGGAAAAGAGUAUCUAUCUUCCAAGUCCCAAAAACGGAGGAUUUUCUGAAAAGACGUUCAUGUACGAUGAUGGUUAUGAUGUUACGAAGACAGAAGAGUUUGUAAGCCUUCAUCCAUGUGCUCAGCUUGGACCCAAACAGGUUGGAAAUCAUGCCGAUUCUUGCUUUCACUUUAACUUCGUUUAGUUUCAGGUAAACAACAAAACCGAGUCCCGAACCCAGUACAGUCAAAUUCCGUUAAUACAGACACUGAGGGGGCAUAGAAAGUGUCCAUAUUAACGGGGUGUCUGAUUAAGCGGGUUGAAUCUAGAGAAAAUGUAAGGUAUUUCCUAUCCCAUGCAGGGACAAAGCAAACUGUCCGUAAUAAUGAGGAGUCCAUAUGAAGCAGGUGUCCGUAAAGCGGGGUAUGACUGUAGAUAGCUAUGGUACAACCAAGAAAAAAAGUAAAAGAAAACACAAAAAUUCGGUUUCGUUGGUUAAGUCAAUGUACCACCGGCCGUAAACAUUGAAAGCUGACGUUUAUAGCACUAUCUCUUUGUCAGAGCCAAUUUCAUUCGUUCUGACUUGACAAAGGGCGAGCGCGCCGGGGUCAUAGGGUCGAAGGAAUCGUAGUUGGAAGAAUUAGAACGUCUCCAUUUACUAUGUAGUGAAAACCAGAUUGUAGAAGGCGGAAGCAGAGUUCGCCUCUGCUUGCCAACACCAUCAACCUCGUUUUCACUAGAUCAUAUAUUAAUAAAGCUACGUGCAAACGGACGCAACAACUCCCAACAUUGUUGGCCCAACAAUAUUGGGAGUUGUUACGUUCGUUUGCACGUAGUUAAACGUUUGACCGGUUUCAAACUUUGCGCAACGACUCCCAACAGCAUACAACGACAUGUAACAGGUUGUGCAAAUGGACACAUCAUGUAACAUCCAACAAUGUUGGAAAUUGUUGGUCAACAAUAUUGCGUCCGUUUGCACGGGGCUUAACGCUCUACGCUUCUUAUUACGAGCCCUCUCCGAUUUUUAAAUAUAUAGACCAUUUUCGGGUCCAUGUAUCCAGAUAAGUGUCCUGUUUUAUACCAGUCUGAAUAGCCUAAUGCCUAUUUCUUCCAUUUAGCUUAAGGAGAAUGGUUUUCCAAGUGAUUUGUCUCUCACCCCUAAAGAAACUCUGGAACUCUAUGACGUCAUGUUCUUCCACUGGUCUGAUAAGGAAUCGUUGAAGGUUUGCAAAUAAAUCAUCAUAGUAAAAAAAAUAAUAUUGUAAUGAAAUUCCUCCAAACAAUUUAUAAAAACGUUAUGUUCGGUUCGGCUAGGACUCCCUAGCGGGGCAAAAAGAUUUGGUGACGUCUGUUAGGCCUACAGAGGCCACCUCCAAGUUUCUUGAAAAUCCAUUUAAGCAUUUCAAGUUUACUCUAGCCUACCGUUUUUGUUUGAAGAAGAAACACAUGAAGUAAAGAGGGUGAACUGGUGCAUUUAGGAAACUGUUCUGAUGAUAACUUUAGCUAUUUAAUCCACGUUAUAAGAAUAACUUGGAUUCUUUCUAUGGGAUUUAACUUUUUGUUUAAUGAUAACUGUCGUUUUGUAGAGACUUGCUCCUGAACAGUAUUUCCGCGAGAAUAGGUUCAUUCACAAGAAGCAUACAAGAGCGUACGAGGAGGAACUGAAAAAGGAGUUAGAAUCCUGGACGAAUCACCUAGAACAGUUUGAAAAGGUAAAAUAAAGUAAUUAACUGUGAUAACUCUUGAGAGUCUGGCAAUGUGAUAAUUUAAUUUCAGUCUCGUUCUCAGACCUUUUAUCCGAUGUGAACCUAUCCUGGGGUUGAAAAAGGGGUUUCGGUCCAUUCUUUGAUCUCCGCUGGCCUGUAUAGCUGGCGGUUUCGUUGGAUGGCUGUGAUGGAAACAUCUUAAUUGCGCGGGGAGGCCGAGAGAGAAAUAUAGGGGAACAGGAAAGAGAAAGCGCCUCCCUGAACUCUUGGUCAACUUAAGAAGGUGUGUUGGAUAUGAAUACUUUGAUGAAUGAAUCAGAGGGGCCAUAGUGAGCUUAAGCAACAGCGUUUUUGAGCGACGGACGUCAACCGGAAGUGAACUUUUCCCAUCACUGGACAGUGGUUUGGUUGAGCUCUCGGGUAAAUCGUAUUUAUAAGAGAAAAGAAACUUAGCAAUACAAAUUUGUUAGAGUCAGGGCACAUAAAAAGGGAGAAGGCCUCACUUCCGUUUGACGUGCGUCGCUCAAACGUCUUUGCUUAAGUUCCCUGCGCUUUUUAAGUUGGCUGGAAAUUAGCUCCUCUUCUAAAAAGUAACCCAGGGCAUUAAAAGUCCACAGGUCAUGCCACAGUUAAACCGGUUUGUUCAGGCUCUUGCCAGACCGGUUCUUAGGCAAAAUGUUGAUCACAUUUAUGUAUUUAAGAACAACCUCGUCCCCGGGGCUUUUCCCUUAGAAAAUAGGAAAGGCCCUGAGGACGAGGUUGAUUUAGCAAUUGUCGCACAGCUUUCUCUUGCUCUCGGUCACCGCAGCACAAUUUCACGAGAUUUUCUUCGAAUUAAGUUUAAACCUUGGCCAUCCCUCGUCACUACGCGUCAGUUUUUAAGUCGACUUCGACUUGACUUAGCAUUGUUGUCGUUCACGUGAGAAGUAUAUUAACAUCCUUAAAAACGCGUCUCUUCUAGCCCCUGGAUCGUGUAGAUUUAUGCAAUUGACUUGUAUGAACUUCACAGCCAAUCAGAAAUCUCCAUGCACCAUUGUUUGGACUACUUAAAAACGCAAGAGUUUGGGUGAGCAGCAAAGCGCAUGUUGGUCCCCAAAAUGUAAAGACGUCCGUCUUGCUUUAUAGUUUGAAUCUUACGGUUUUAUUGGGAUAAACUAUUGAUGCUUUAAUGUUCGUUUUUUCAUUUUGAUCUCAGGCGCAGUCCGUGAUUAAAUCACUGAAUUCUGUCUGUGUGAAGAAAAUGAUCUCAACUGAUGAAGAAUGGUUAGAACUUGGGAUAGGUUCGGUCGGUAGAGGGGCCAUCCUCUGCAAUUAUUCAAAGCUGGUUGAACAACUCAAAGCCCAAGAUAAGCUACCAGCCCUCGUGUUCAGGUAAGACUAAUUGUCAAGAGUACUAGCGAUGCGACGCUAGUCUUUUUCGAUAAACCGUCAUACUUUGUCAAAUGUUUAUUCAUAGUUUCAGUCACUAAACAGAAUUUCGUUUUCAAAAGCAUUUUUCGAACUUUUUAUUUGUUAAAGAGUAGUGCCCGCACAAUUACACUUCAUUUUCCUGGACGCACAGUGAUGACCUUUAAAGGACUAUCGUUUCCGAGAAUUAAAAAAAAAAAAAAAACAAUCAAAUUAUUUUAGUCGUCACCUUAGAAACUUCCUAAAAGAAAAAGGCAGCAAAAAUAAUAGUUCAGUUUCGAAUUAAAAAUCACCGCUGAAUACAAACAUUUAGGACACAUUCAUACAGGGUUAACCUCGACAUAAAGUAAAAUAUUCAGAAAUUCCGGCAAGCAAGUGUUUGAAAUUUGAAUAUAAACAAUAGACAGAGUAAUAAACAGGUCUCUUUCUCGUUGGAAAUUGUGAAUUUAUUACUUCAGAUGGAGGCUAAGCCUGUAAAAAAUGCGUCUUCACUUCUUUAAUUCAGCGGUCAUAGCGAACUCGAAACUGAACUAUUGCGCUUCCUACCUUGCUCAUGUUUGUCCCUUCGCUGUCCAGUGUUUAGCUUUCUUUUCGUUGUUUAUAUAACAUUCUGUAAGUGGAGUGUAUCUAUCUUUAGCCGUUUAUGAGCUUUCUUGCGUAUCACGUUUACCAUUUCAUCAUCUUUUAAGAUGUUGAAAUAUUCUGGAAACCGACAUUUUGCACUCUGUCACGUUCGCGUCAACAGCGACAGGUUCAUGUAAAACGCACCCAGGCUGGUCGAAAACCCAAGCGGUGUAAAACUUUGAAGCGAUCCAUUUUAUGGGAUCUGUCGAGGACUUCUUUAUGUGGUGGCAAGUAACUGUAACUGAUAUUUUAAUAAAAAGUCCGGUCUCCUUUAAUGCUUACUUAAGUAUCCUAUUUUGAAUGUUACGUAAGUACAAGCCAUGCUCACUAAUUCGUUAUUUUGUUUUGUAUUUUUAAUAAGCUUUGACCGAAAACUGUGUGAAACACUGGCAUUUAGACUUACUAUACAAUUUGAAGACAGAGAAGAUGCUAUUAGGGAACGCACAAGAAGAUCCGAUGAGAGGAAACGUUUACAGGCAGAAAAGAAAGCUAAAAGAGCUAGAGAUGCAACAGAGAAGGAAAAGGAGAAGAGGUAACAGCGUUCGACGUUAGGAGAACUCAGCCUAAACUCAACCGGCGAGAAUCCUGGGUACAAACCACUGACAAACAUUUAGCAGAAGGAAAUUCGACUUGAAAAUUCGAGUUGGGUCAAACACCGGAAACAAAAAUACGUUGUAGACCAAGCGCCACCUAGUCAGUUUAAUUGGAUGAGCGCCAGUAAUAACUGAGAAGAAAGUGCUGCCUUUGUAGUAACAUCUGCAAAAGCCAAGACUUUCUAGUCUUCUCGGAUAAGGUCGAUAAACCGUUGGCCCCGUCUCACAAGCUCGGCACACAUAAUAAAUUCUGUGGGAUGUUAAAUAAGUCAAAGAACCCACACACUGUUCGUAUAAAGUAGGGAGCGUAGUCCCCGGUGUGGUGGUCUAUCCCAAAUUUACUCUCACUUAGAGGGCAUUAUUAUUCAUUCCUUCAUUACUUGUAAACUGAACCAUAAGCAGUCUGACUGGCGAAAAUCCUCCAACCAGUGUUGAGAAUUAUCCCUAAAAAGUCCUGAAGGGACUAGAUAAGAUAUAUAUGUUAUUCACCGGCUUGGAAGUCCGUAUUGGGAGAAACUGUGCCCGAGGUCAGGGCAAAGUCGAGGCAAAUUCAAUGGAAAACGACAGAAUCUAGAUUCUAAAAAGACAGCAAAAAUGUCCAAUAAACUCGUCUCCUCUAAAACUCCUCCCCAUAGUUCACUGAAUGGCAGGAACUUCUCCACUUUGAUGAAAUAGUCGGCAACCGCAACUCCAAAGGUAAACAUUCGGACCCACUUACUAAUCCCAGAUUUUACUAGUUUUAAAAUGAAUUCCUUAAUUGCUUUGAGAUUCUAAUUUAAGACCUUACUGAGACCCUAUUUACCUUGUGAACAGAACCAGCAGCCAACGAGAUAAUUUAAAAGAAGUACAGCAUGAUCUAGCCUGCGAAGCGCAGACGUUUUUUCCGUCGUCGCUCCUCUCGCUCCAAAAAAUUUUUCCUAGUGAGAGAAGCGACAACCGGAAAUACGUCUGCGCUUCGAAGGCUAAAGACGAUCAGAGUUUGCCAAAUUUGGAGGAACCUCUACCAGAAUGUUCAUUGUCGUUUACUCAUGGAAUUGGCAACCAGGUAUCGAAUUCGAUAUGAAAUGUAUUGCAGUUUUACUUUAAUUCGUUCUCCAUUGAUUACCUGCUCGUAGUUCUAUAUAAACAAGAAUUUAUAGAUCAUGGCUCUUAGUUUAAGACAGUUUUAAGUGGGUAGAGUGUUGAAAAUAUGUUAAAGUUGCCAAAUCCGUUACCGAAUCCGGUCUUUUAGCUCCUUUAAGUCUUUCUGUAUAAAAGUUUUUCCAUGUAACCAACUUUUUUAGGAACUUUCACUCCACCAGUUGUUUGUCGACUCUCGACAUUUUUAUUUCAUAAAAUUGAAUCCUCCUCUGACUCAGUUUGCAGAAGCAGUUGAGCCUUGUACGCGUCUAAGUACAUUUACAAACCAGUUCAUCAUAAGAAGCGAGGAGCGGCAAAAGCAGUGCAAGAAAGAGUCGAAGGAUCGAAAAAGUUCAUACCGAAGGUCGAAUCACAAUUCCUUUUUUUGUAGAAGCCGCUUGAGUUCUGUUCGAGCAAUUGAAAGUACAACUUGCGUGUUCCCUUUUUGUUUCUUCGCGCGUUUGUUUCUCUUUUAUGAGGGUCUAAAUGGGGUUAACCGAUAGGCGUAAAACAGCCUAAAAUUUAGUCGAUAGCCGUAAAAAUUGAAAAAUUUUAACCCUUAGCCGUAAAUAGGGUAAAAAGAGUUAACCGUAAAAGAAAUUGUUCCCUAGCUAGGUUUGUCAAUUUAAGGAAGGUGUUAAACUCACUUUUUUUAUGGUUACGUUUUUUACUUCCCGGCUACUUUGACUCUGUACGCACGUUAGGCCAAGCGCGUAGCUUUUAGAGGUUGACCUAGACCUAAACUCCAUUUGCGUUUCUCUCUCGGAGAACUAAUUUUUUCCAUAGCGAAAACCUGGCUUCUUGCUGGGGAUUAAUAUUUGCGAUUUUCAAGAGGUCGAGCCCUCGAAAUACUAGUGAAACAACACGCAGAGAUAUGUCACUGUUUGUAAAACAAAUUGCCGAUAAACAACAAUUCCCUGUUUUUCUCUAACGCCACGGUAGACAUUGCCAUGUCUAGUUCUUGUAUUAAAGGCGUCUUCCCACGCAAUCUCGUUCAAGGCAUUUCCGUGGCGUAUCUCAGAAAAAAACUCGCUCGGAACACGUGACCCGAAACUCAUUAGCCGCGCGGAACAAUGAGGCCUACGGACGAGGCAACAGGAGACUGAGUCGUUCUGUACAGUCUUUCGCUAUCAUCAAAAACACUGGACACGGGAAUUUUGUUAUUGGCUGUUUUCACACUAGAGCUAGAAAUGGAUCAUCCGUCUGAGACUAGCCUGUGUGCAGACGCCCCCUCUCCCACAGACACCCCUUCUCCGAUUUUUUCUUAUUGGAGGAGGCGGCUGUACACAGGCUAUCAGAAAUGGAUAAUGCAUAUCCAAACUGUCCGUCAAAAUUGACGAAUAAAGUCAGGUGGAUUGUUCAUUUGAAAUUAAAACCAUUCCGUUUUGAAACUAAGACGUAUUGCUUAUCUGACGCGAAUUAUCAAACGGAUAACCCGUCUCACGCGAAUCACCCGUCUCUAGUGUGAAAAUAACCUCCCACGCAGGCGUUUUUAGGGGAGCUCGUUUUUCAUCCCUCCCCACAACGAGCUCCCCUAAAAACGCCUGCGUGGGAGGCUAGUGUGAAAACGGCCAUUUCUGUUAUAAAUCAACGUCACGACCCCGGUCUUGAGUUUGGCGUUCGCGUUUUAAGUUGACUAUUGGCAUUUCUUUGCGUAAAAUAAUACUAGAAGUGGAAUACUUUAUAAAAAGUAUGAUCUAUCAAAUGCUAAAAUUUUUCAGAAGGAUAGCAUUCCAUCCCGAGAUGAUGUUAAGACCUUUAUCUUGCUUUAAAGAUACAAAAAAUACAGGUUCAUUAACAUUUAACUCUUUGAAACAAAAGAAAUUAAUCUUUAACUUUUUUGUUAACCGUAGCGGAAAAAAUUAACCGAUAGCCGUAAAAGAGCCAAAAUUUUAGCCGAUAACCGUAAAAGCCACCACCCCAUUGAGACCCUCUUUUAGUGUUUGUUUAUUUGUUUUUCUUUCUAACUUUUAUUUUGAAACAAGUGAAAAAAAUGUGGAUAAGAACGAACGACGUUUAGUUGUCAUCUUUGAUGCCAUUUUCAAGUUCAAAAUUAUUGCUGAUAAACUAACAAAACAUUUUUCUGGCUGAUGAUUAGUAUAUAUGAAAUUGAAACUUGAAAAUGGCGUCAAGAUGACACCGAAAUGUCGUUCGUCCCUUUCCGCGUUAUUUUUUACUUGUUUCUGCAUAACUAAACCUUUGCUUAUUAAAAUUUUUAUUUUGUAGCGUUUGAAGAAGAUCAUGGAUCGCAUUCGUAAAAUUCACAGUAGAAGUCUGUUCAAGAGCGCGUUGAGGCGAGGAAUAAGCUUUCAUCAUGCCGGAAUGAGCAGCAAAAUGCGCACUGUCGUGGAGAUGCUUUUUAGGGAGAAAUAUCUCCAGGUAAAAUAAAAAAACAACAACAACAAAAAUGUUAAUGGGGGUGACUUCAAUUCCACUUUCUACGUGACUGCGGUUUCUAUGUAACGUCUUGACGUAUACACUGUUGUCAAUACCGAAACAAGUUUAUUUUUGUAGAAACUUCAUCGUUCGAUCAAUAUAGCCUUUUGCAUUCCUGGAAAUUUGAAAUAACUCACUUACAGAACGGUCACUUUUGGCUGGUGUUUCUGUCGAGCUGUGAUAUAGUUGGACACUAAAACUGUGUCGUUUUCUAACUCAAGCUCACUUAUUGCUAAAUUUGUCAGGAAUUGAAAGGAAACCAAACGAAAUUCUAAUGACAAAAACUUGGAAAAUGGCUUAAGAAUACUCUACUUUACUUUUUCUUUCUUUAAUACAUAAGUUCUUGAUGAUAAUGCAGAUAAUCCUAGUCGGGUUUUUUUUUUCCUGUUACCAGAUAUUUGGCUUAUAUUUAGCUUCUGAAUUUUAGCAUUCUUUAGGAGAUAGGAAUAUAAUGUGUGAAGGUCCUUUUAUGGCCAAGAAAUGUCUUCGACUAUUCUGAAUCGUUAGGUCGUCUCGGCAACAGGUACCCUCGCCCUUGGGAUCCAUAUGCCUUGCAAGACUGUUGUGUUUGCUGGAGAUUCUCCUUUCCUAAACUCUUUGAUGUACAGACAAGUAAGUAGGCAAAGAAUGUGAAAAUAUUGAACUCUUGUCGAUAAAUGUUUAAUAUAGUUUACCUUACUUGACAAAAGAUGAACUAGGACUUUGGUCGCCUUACCAGGAAUGUACAAAGGUGCUUUAGUAGUUACGCACAAAUGAGGGUCUAUACUUCGUUUCCUGUUCUUCACCGUCAAUGUCCUGUUUGCCUAAACAAGGUAUCUUGCCUUGUCACUCCCUGAAGACCCUCCCUUGUACUAAAAGACAGUGGAUGUGAAGAACCAGCUUUCCAAGCGGUGUGGUCAGUACUUAACAGCCACAUGAACCUUGCCAGAACAGUGAGCUGUUUCAGUUUCCUUGUUUAUAGACUCGCAAUCAUAGCAAUUAAUUCCAGGUAGCUCUCUCCUUCGCGGAGCCUCUUUUGUCCCGUGAAAAGUUAGGAGAGGCGAAAAAAGAUAAAGGAAUAGCAGUGACAGCAUCCGCAGUCAGCACUCAUUAAACUCCCCUUACUACCGAACUGCAGCGCGUGCCUCUGGCAGCCUUUUAAGUAGUGGAGGAGGGAUGUUUUACGCCGGUUUUUUGUGGAUUUAAUCAACUUUUUAAGUGGUAUAAAUUAAAGCAGAUGACGUCAUGCAUCUCAUUAUGAUAAGAUGAUGUCAUAGUUUAUUUUUAGCUGGCAAGAGCAAGUGACGUCAGAAUAUCCUAGGGUUGACGUCAUCAAAAAAUGUUGAGAUCAUAAUCUACAAAUAGAAAAGUGUUUUUUUGAUAUAAUCAGCUAUUUGCUAUAGUCUUCUGAUUGGAUAUUGUAGAAACUGUUAUGUGUUCAAAAUAAAAGCGGGCAAAUUUUGAACGUGUUAUCUUUGCAGAUUAUACUAAAUGAAAAAUCUUUAAUCAUUAAAUUAUUUUCACUAAAAAUCGCUUAUAAACAAAACCAAGAAACAGGUUAACUGAAAAAUCUUUACUUCAAAAGAAGGGAAAAGGAGGUUAAGCGAAUGCGAAAUCGUACUAAUUUUUCGGGCAAAACAUGAAAACGAGGUCGAAGCUCAGCGAAGCGAAAAACUGCCUAUCAAGCAAAAAUGUCAGUCUUUGUUUACUUGACUCUGUAGAAAGUAUUGCACAGGGUAUAAAAAUUCUAUAGAAAACAACAGGUGGUUCUAAAGUAAACCCCAACUCUUUUGGUUCUUGAAAACUCCAUUCUAGUAACUAACAAGUGGAACGUCUAUUAAAAAAAAAAGAUAGGAAUAAGAGAUGCGAUCGCCUAGCAACACAUGUCUUCUUAUUUAGCGCUAAAAAUCGGAUAUAUAAACAAAAUACACACACACGCAUACACAAAGUGGAGCUGAAAACUCUCCAUUUCAAUUUUGACUCACCAUUACAAAAGCGUUUUCUCCGUUCCAUCUCGAGGAAACGACUAACUAUUGAAGUCUCAGCCCUUGCGCUUGAUGAGCUUAUGGUCUUGUCCUGAUUCACGCGCCGUUAGUCAGUUAAUUAUGCGAGGUCACAAGCCCACAGUUGCAUACAAAUUAGUUCAUCUCUACAGCUAGACCCAAGGGAGUACCAUGACGUAUUAUUAUAUAAACAAUUUUAAAUAACUUAACAAGGAUCAAUUUGAACACGAGACUAACAUUAAAAUUGCUAGUAAUAAAACCACAAGAGAGAUACCGUUUUAAAAACUUUAUUAAAAGUCAACAACAAAAAGAGUCAAAUACACAGCGAUUUGGAAGGAAAAGGAAUGAAAAUUAAUUCUUUGACUGACUAUUACAAAUCAGUUUUUUCCGUUCUAUUUCGAGGAAUAAUAAAUAAUCCUUCCGUGUCUACACAAUUUUCCUAUGGCCUCGAAGCCAAGAGUUCGUUUUUCUUUGUUUCUUGCGCCUUGUCUUGUUCUUUGUAGUCGGUCUUUUAGCUUUUGCUUCAAGAGAGGCUUCAUUUCUCUGUGAUCUUGACAGUUCGCAGUACACCGUUUCUUGUGUCUGUACUGGAUUGCGAUAGUGAUUUUUCCGGAAUUAUCCGCUUCACUUUCGUAAACGACGACUUUAACUUUAGGUUGCAGUUUCGCCUCAGUGUAAAUACUGUCUUCGCUGUAUGUGGUCUAACUGAUGAACAUCCGCGAGAUGGUUAGCUAAUCUGACAAGGUACUUUGCCCCACACGAUGAAAUAGGACAGUUUCUGCACACUCUCUUGUAAACCAUGUUGACAGUUCGAUGGCUGAACACAAAUGACGUCUUUUUCGCAAAUAGUCAGGUUUUAUUGAGUGUCAGAAAGGCCAAACACAGAUGCUUCAUCCUACACAACUGACCAGCUUUAGCUUCAGCCUUGUGUGGUCUCUGUGACCCAGGGUAAGCAAGAGUUCUUAGCACAACAUUUUAGGCUUUAUUAAAAAAUGCCAUUAUACUCUUUCCUGUUUUCCCUCCAAUUUCCAUUAGAAGGAUUGUAACUCCUGGUAUAAUCAAAAGUGCACCCUUUUACUACGAUAUUUAAACAGUUUCUUUCUCUUACAGAUGUCUGGCAGAGCCGGGCGCAGAGGGUUUGACCCUGUAGGCAAUGUGAUAUUUUUUGGAAUUCCUUACCGGAAGGUUCAACGUCUCAUGACAGCCAAUAUACCGAAGCUUGUUGGAAACUUCCCCAUAAACGUUUCGCUCGUUUUGCGCCUGCUUCUGAUGACGUCAACAGGAGACGACAAACAAGAUGCACUCACUAAGGUCAGAAGACGAUAUGGUCACCUAUUUAAUCAACCACGGGACGAAAAAUUGGAUUUACUGCACUUUUGACACGCGUCAAAAGUUAAGUCAAAUGUUGUAUUGGCUUUGACUUCACCUUUGACGCGCGUCAAAGAUGUCGCCAAAUAUAUAACCUCUUUGCUUACUCCUUUGCUCUCGGUAAAGGUAAAGUCAAAAUUGGUAACAACUUUGACUUCUUCUUUGACGCGCGUCAAAGAUGAAGUCAAAUGAAUCAAUGCUUUGCUAUUCCUUUAACCCUUAUCAAAGUCGUUGUCAAAUAUGCUGGUAACUUUGACUUUACCUUUGACGCACGUCAAAGAUGAAGUCAAAAGUGUAGUGGCUGUGACCACACCUUUGAUACUAGUCAAAAAUGAAGUCAAAUACGACCGCUACACUUUUACAACACUUUCGAAUGGCGCUGAAAGGUGAGAGCAAAUAUGCGAUGAAUUACGUCUACCAACACUUAUGUCGAAACUGAUAUUAAGAAAGGAAAUUGAAAAGCUAUAUUUGAAUACUGUUUUAAAGAUAUUUAUACGAUAAUACCGAACACGGGCGGGUAAUCGUUGUAAUUGCUGUUCUAUAAUUAUUUUUGAAAAUGUUCUAGAAUAUGUACUUUUUCGAAGUGAUUUUUUUUGUCUUAUCUUGAGUGGAUCAUUUUCUCCUUGAUCGAUCAAUAUACCAUGUAAUGACAGCGACGCAAAACGAUGACUCAACAAUUGGACGAUGGAAGACUGAACCCAAGCAAGACACCCUGUUUUUGGCGCGAAAUUGUCGCGGCUGCAAACUCUUUCCGCCCGCGCAAACAAACAAACUACGCAGAUCUGAAGAAAACAAAAGCUGCUUUUUUGUACGAAGCAGUCCAGCUUUUGUUAACAAAUAUUUUCACCCUUAUCUUUGAUAUAGUUUAGACCACAAACCUGUUCAAAAGGUACGUGUCAUUCUUUUCUAUGUGUGCGUACAAUAGUUGCUCUUCAAACUUCAUAGUUAUUUUACUGUGUUAAGCUUACGGAAACCAACUCCGAACAGGCGUGUAUGUCGUGCUUGGGAGCUUUUCUGAUUGUUAAAUCUGGCUCAGUAAACUUUAAAAUUUUUUCUAUAUCACAGUAGAGUUUACAUUAGAUCAAGCCCUUUUUUCUUAAUAGGGCAUUUCUGCAAAAGUAAUAGCUGGCUUAUAUUUCACAAUGCAAUUCAAGUCAAAACUCCAUGCGAGAACCUACUAACAUCAAGAUUAACCAAUUCUGGUUUUUCUAACAGUUAUGCUUAACUACGAAACAAUGUAAGACUUACAUAUAUAUUUUUUUCAUGGACAGUGUACUUCAAUAAAAAUAUCUGUACCAGUCUUUGAUGGGCAUGGUACUGAAGCAAGUACAUAAGUUUAUUUGAACAGGAUUCAGUGCAGUUUAUCAAACAAAGAAGUGUGGUUAUUUGAAGACUUCGGAUGUUUUACAGACGUGAGUAUCUCUUUCUAUUGAUUUUUCUGGGUUCUAUACGUAAUGGGGCUCUGGCUGCAUAAAUUUUAAAAUAUUCCAUUGAUUUUUGUACCACCACGGUGGCAGCUAGGUAUGUUUCAACAUUUAAUAAUAAUCAUUCAAACAUACCGAGCUGUCCCUUCUUUAUUGUGACUGGACAAUAACUUUAAAAAUAGCCUGCGUAGCAAGCUUUUCCGCGCGAGUUUUGGGCAAAAAAAGAGGAAGGGGGGGCCGGGAGGGGCUAACUCGCGCAAUAACUCCUACUGGAAACGCUUGUUAUGCAGGCUAGGUAUAUAUAAUAUAAAGUGUUUCUCUAGCUUAAUUUUAAGCUUUAGGCAUAGAGGGAAAUUUUGAUUGAAUUUUCCUGGACUUUAUUAAGUGAUAAUAAGGCUCGACUCAAACGUCAAAUUUCACAAAUGACGAACUUAAUGACAAUGCAUGUACACGAAAUGUAAUGUUCCCAUUCAAAAGCAUUAGGUUCGCUACACAUUUUUAACCGGGUCUUUAAGUUUUGAUAAAGGUAAAGAGAAAGGGGGAUUUUCUGCAGAAAAGGAGCGAUAGUAAAAAGGGAGUGGGGCCGAAAAAUUUAUUUAAAACACUAUGACUGUAUUUUUUAUCCCAAAUUGCUAUAUUCUUUUACAAUUAUUUCACAGAUAAAAGAAACAAGGCAAAGUGAUAAGUCUCCAGUGGAACGAAACACACAAGAGAGGAAGAUUUUAGUUAGAUACAUGGCGUUUGUCUUUCACUAACAUCAAGAAUCAAAAGCACUCUAGAAUGAAAAUCUUCGCAAAGAUAACAUCAAGACAGAUGGGCUCCUCAUCAAGAACAUUUCUUACUUACCAUGAUUUGUGCACUGGCUUGCGUGAAAGAUGUGUUUUAACUAUUUUGCAGGCUGCCGUCCGUGACAACAGCGUGUAUCUGGAACAUUUAUAGUGCUUCAAAAAUUUGCGGCAGUCAUUUUGAUUGUCCAUUGACAGACUGCAAUGAGUACUUUAGACAAUAAAUCGUGAAAAGGUUUUUAAAAAUCAUUUUUAUGCGUUUAAGUUUUAAUCGGAACUAUUCAGCUUUCUAAUCAUCUAAUGAGGUUUUAGGACAAUAAAGUACAAGAUUAAGAACUCAGUCUCUUAUCUGUCCACCUUUUUAAACGGUAUCCAGGUCGCAAUUGAAUUUGAUUGAAAUCUCAAGUUGGAUUCUAGCCUGUAUAUCAAGCGCUUAUGACUAGCGAGGCAAUAACGCGGCAUUCGCGCGAAGCGCGAGGCGAACGCGGAAUUCACGCGAAGCGCGAGACGAGCGAGAGGCGCGAUGCGAGGGGAGGAAAAAAACCAAACAUAUUUGGCAACACCUUUGUUAAACCUUUGACUUAAAUCUCACACGCAUUUGACGACAACUUUGUCACACAUUUGACCUGAGGCUCAGACACAUUUAACGACACUUUUCACAAGCCUUUGACUUUAAUCACAGACAUAACUUUGCCGCGCUUUUGUCACACCUUUGGCCUGAAUCUCAGACAUAUUUGAGGACGCCUUUGAUAGGGGUACAAAUGCCAAUUAAAUAUACCUUUGACGCGCGUCAAAGGUAGGGGUUAAAGGCGUGACAAAAACGGCCUUUAUCGCCUGAAGACUCGUCUUUGACCGCGGGGAAAGGUAAACAUUUGUCGCGCGUCAAAGUUGUACAAAGGUGUGCAAAGGUGGCCUAUAUCGCCCGUUUGACUUCACCUUUGACGUUCGGUAAAUCCGUUUUUUCGUCCCGUGAACUUUUAAGGACUGAAAUGCAAAAAGAGAGUCGCAAGUCGAGUUUGCAAGUACUUUUGAAGUGUAAUUAACAGCUUGUGAUGAGAGGCCAAGAUGGAAGUGAAAGAUGCUGGAGUACUUUAACAGUUGGCUUAAUUCACUAUUAAAUUUCAGUUUGUGAUUCUGUCACUGCAAGAUGGAAUAAUAAUAAUGCUUUAUACGUCUAUGAGGACCACAUAUAAAUUAAUUGUGUUGCCUUUUUUUUGUUAAACAGUUUUUACCUCUUACCGUAAAGCUAUUUUCUACUGGCCUGGUAAAAUAUGGUUGCUAUAUUGCAUUAACUGACGGACCUUACCUUCGAUCAUAUCUUGUAUGCCUUUUCCGGGCCCUUUGCCGUUAAUUCUAUCCGAAAAAGUAACUUUAUUGAGAACUGACUGACUGUGAGCGGCAUUUGUCUGUAGGCACUCGCACUGUUAUCCCACCCAUUCAUCUGCAAAAAGCAUCCCGAGAUGGAUAGUCAGAUCAAGAAACAUUUUCUCUUCAGCGUCGAACUUCUUGCCAGACUGGUGAGUAGUAUAAGAUUUAAUCAACCAGCGCCAUGGAGCUUUUAUGUUAACGAACAGAAAACAAAAGAGGAAUUCAUUAGUUGGGCUAUAAAUGCGUAAAAUUGCCGGGGGGAAAAUAUAAGAUAUGUAAACCAAGAAUGUUUUUUUAGUUUUAGUUGGAUAAUUUUUCUGUGUUUCAUCUCAGGGCCUUAUUAAUAAGGACACUGGAGCACCACAGGAGAUGGCAGGACUCGCGACGCACCUUCACUUCCACGAGCCUUCCAAUUUUGUCUUAGUCAGCUUUCUGCAAGGGGGACUAUUUCAUGAAAUUUGUCAACUAGGAGAAAAUGGUAAGGGUGCCAAAUGCAGAUUCAGUACUGCCACAGCUGACUUAUAUACUUAAAAAAAUGUAUAUCUAUUAUCUAUAAAAAUUGCUAUUAUAUUAGUUUUGAUCUGUAGGAAUCAUUGCUAAAGCUCCGUUUUUACCGUCCUGUUACUGUCUCAGUCUUGGUGGUCAACUAUUCAAAUACCCAGAGUUUAACAAAAGAUUUACGUACAGUAUUAGUGUCAACUUAGUAUAGACAGUCUUCCUCGUUGACGAAAAUAACAUAUAGUAUGUUUUCUUAAAAUUGAUAGGUAGCUUGUUAGUGGAACAAUUGGUCAAGUUCGUUAUUAGAAACAGGUUCGACUUUAUUAAGACUGUUACUAAAAAAACAUUUACUGUCAUCAGCAAAUGUUUUAAACGGAAAGUUUACAGGAUUGAUUUGAGAGAACUUUGUUAUCAAUUAAAGCAGAAACAACAGAGGUCCCAACGUAGAGCCAAGAGGUAAACCACAAAUUAUUGUUCCCAUACUUGAUCUAAUAUCUUCAAUCUUAACAAAUUUAUUUUAAAAAAAUGUUAUCCAGAAUUCAACGUCACGAAGUUCUGUUACCAGUUGAUCAAAUCUGAGAUAAAAAUUGAGGUGCUCGAUAUUUAAAACACAAUAUCACCUGAGUGUGUAUUUGCUAGUCGUGAAAAAAGACCCUAUUUGAGACAACCGUCCUAUUACAGCGUGCAUGAUGCGCUUAUUGUCUGUUUACAACUGCAGUUAAGUUUAUCGAGAGUACAAAUACACGAGAAAGCCGUGCUUAGAAAGACUGCAAAUAAACUCAACUCCAUUUCUCCAAAAAGACACUCAGAGCCGGUCCCUCUGUAGGUAGGACAUUAUGACUGUUCCAAACGGUGUCGGUCUUAGAGAAAGUUGACUGUACCAGGAAAACUUUGUUGCGAAAACAUUAACUCAUUUAAUUUCCGAAUGUUCUUUCUUUGAACUCUGGCUGUAGGUUUCUAGAUUAUUUUUGUCAGGAUUGGCCGAAUUUAUACUAGAGACGAGUUAUCCGCCUAGACAGACGGAUAAUUCGUCUAAGUAUAAACACAAAGGUGAAUUUUGCUGAACAAUUUGUCUAGAUAUUUUAAGCGAGAAACAGGAAACAUUGCGAAAAUACAGAAACCAGUCCCUCUCAUGUGGAAACUUCGUCAAGAAACCGUCUACGUUCCGUCUAGAUAUAAAUUUAGAGGCGGAUAAUCCGUCUAAGACGAAUUAUCCGUCUGUUAGCACGUCAUCAAGACGUGCUAACAGACGAAUCAGCGUCAGACGAAUUUUGCUCCAUAAUUCGUCUUAGCACCGAAUUUAUACUAGAAACGGAUUAUCCGUCUGAGACGGAUAAUUCGUCUCUAGUAUAAAUUCGGCCAUUAUAGUAAUUCAUUCAUUAGAUUCGGCACAAGAAAAGUUCGACGUUUGAUACAAAUGCCCAUGAGUAUUACAGGAAAAUAUUAACAAAAUCACAGUGUAAUCGUGGUCGAUCAAAUAAUGGAACUGUAUGGUAAAGGGACAGUUUCAGACAUGAUUUUCUCUCUAAUUCAUAUUUACAGGGAAAUUUUCGGAAGACGUUUUGAGGACACUGGUCCUGGUUCUUAACCACUUGUUUGCCCGAUCGUUCCUCCAUGCUUCUUUUAAGCGAAGGCUUCCCUCUUGGUCAACUUCAAAGGUAUGAAUUCCUUUUAUAUGGGCAUGAUUGGCCUCGAUAGCAACACCACCCAAUAUGGCUGUCUUUGUAACUACCUCAGUUACUGAAAUGAUUUUUCCGCCUUUGCAAGUUUCUCAUUUUUAGCAAGUAUUUCUUGCCUCAAUUCGUCUGAUAAUGUCUUAUGGUGUUAUGAAAUGCUUGUCAUGUAAAGCAUAUCAGUGGCAAGUGUUUCCGAGUAUCUCCUAAUUAGUAACUGAUAGUCAUGAAAUUAACGGUGAACCAAAAAAUGAAAGGACGUCGACGAUCGCGAGAUACUUCUUUCUCUUAAGAAGUAGUAUUGAAGGGUUGUUAAGGCCCCUUUUUGAGAAAGGAGUCUCGUUAAUUUAACAAAGAUUAAGUGAAUAAACGUCGAUUAUGCAUGCCAAAUAGAAUAUCACUGAAGAUCUUUGAACAGCGUAACUAUUCCAAAUUAUACUUCUCGCGGCGUUCAUUAAUUAUUCACAAAUCGAUAAAUUGAUUAUCAUUAUGGGCGCGCAAACAGAGCAUAUUAAUGAGGAUAAAGAUAAAUUAGUUUUAAUAACACUUAACACAACAGUUUUUAUUUUAAAUUUCUAAUGUUGACCGUGUUCUAUUUCUCCAUGUUAGGUGAUUCCGCCUCAUAUUAAUGAGCUUCCGUUCAGAACGGGCCUUACACACCAUUACUAUACCUUUAUCCGAGGACUGAGUGUAACUUUUUAAGCCAUAUGCGACACGACACUUAAUUAGCCCUACUUCCUUACGGACCGAUGUUGAAACGAUGCAAAACAAUACCUUGAACUCACUGAAAGAUUUUUCAUUUAGCGUGUGAGUUUGAUCUGCUAAACAACAGUUAGAUGUAAUGUUAAGUCAGUAUUAGCAAGAGAUAAUAAUAGGUCCUAUUAUGAUCUCUUGGUAUUAGGAAGAACCUCUUAAAUUUUAUUACGAUAUGAUUUCUUAACAUCACCUCGAGCUGAUGUAGCAAUGUUAGAAAGUGAAUUUCAGACACCCAAAAGAGUAUAUGCUAAACGUUUAUUGCCUAACUUCUAUAGGUUAUAUUGGAAGAUCUUCCGAAAGAGUUUGCUCAAGCCCUUCAAAGUUACAACGCUCAAGUUACAAAAGUUUUCAGUCAGUAUUUGACUACUGUAGCGACAGAACAAGAAAGGCAACGAGGAGAGGAAAACAAACUUCCCUUGUCAGGAAUAGGUAAGAAUAGGCAACAAAUGGCUAUUUUGGGCUGUUAAUUCAUGGAUUUUUACUUUUACACUUGCGUAAAAAAUACGAGUUGGCGAUGCUCUAAAUUGGUUGUUUGAAACUUUCAUUCAUCUAGAACAACACCAACUACAACUACAAACGGAAAUUUGAAAAAAUGAAGUGUGCAAUGAAUACCUGAAGAUCCGCAGCCAGCGAUCCUGCCAAUCGGUGCGGACCCAAAAAAAAAAAAGAAUAAGUACAAAUUUAGAAGAACUAAUUUAUGACUGCCAAAAGCACUCUAGUGGUUAGACCCGCUCUUGAAAGUCCAAUGUUGACCAUUUGUUCAAGGCAGAAAACAUAUGAACGUCAAUUAACUAACCACUCAGUACAGUUCACUAUUAUCGUUAAAAGUCGCAAGUGGGGCUUUGUUUUAUUGUGUUACCGGCACAAUAUACUUAAGCAGAUUUAGCCCGGGAAAUCUUAACUUGAAAAGACAUAUUUUGUUGUCUAGUAUCUCGCUAUAAAGUCGCGGCAUCCCAAUUUACCUAUAAGUAAAUACGGAAAAUGAUAAUAAACUUUAUUAUUGUUUUCUACUAUACUAAAUAAGAAUCAACGUACGAAAAUGUUAAUCUUUUAGCCAUUAAAUAGGAAGAAACAGCAAUAUUUUGCAAUUCAUCUUGUAUUCUUAACCAGAUGCAAUGCUCCCGUUGCCAUGUCAAACGCUAUAAGUUUUACCACAAAAUUAGAUAUUAGGAUUUUAUCUUUCCAUCAAACCAUUAGCAUUUUUAAAAUCUGUCUUAACUUUUCUCUGGUUUAGAAUUCAACAUUUGCUAUUCCACCCUACGUUUCAGCACAAAAUUAGAUUUCGCUCACUGCCUUUUUAUUUUGUUUUGUUUUAUCAUUAGCAUUUAAAAUUUGCUAUCAUUUUGGCAAAGCAAAUUCUUUUGGAAUUGUUUAAGACAGAAAAAUCGCACAAACUGGACUAAAUGACUAGCCUGAGAAAACGAAAUGAGGUCUGAAAUUCCAUAUUGACGACGCGUCACUACCUAGGUUUGGGUAGUACUUCUGAUUGGUUGAAUCAAAUUUCUCACGCGGCACAACCAACCAGAAGCACUACCCAGAUCUGAGUAGUGACGCGUAAUCAGUAUGGAAUUUCUGUGCUCGUUUCUCAGACUUCAUUUCGCGCGGAAACCAGUGGUGGUGUCGCUAAAUGUCGGCUGUUUUCUCAGGCUACUAAAAGACCACACUGUUUCCGUGCCAUUCCUUUUUAAUAAAAUUGAAACAAUAUGAAUCCGAUUUCUCGUUGCAGAGUUUCGUGAUCAAAAGAGCGUGAAGCCAAUUGAUGAGUUUGACGUCAUCAAAUCGUUGAGACUCUCUUCCAUUAAGUACUCCGCCUGUUCGUCAUUUGCUGCAUUAUCAGGAAAUUCAGACUUGAAAUUACACUCCACAAUUCAAGACAAGGAAGUUGAAAAUGAGCUUGAAGAAGAAAAUGAAAUGGAAAAAGGGAAUGCAGAGGUCGUCAAGACCUCCGCAACAAAGGGUCCCAGUGAAAAGGUCGAAGAAAAAGAAAACAAUGAGAAAUGUGAACUAGAAGAUGAAGUAGACGAUAUCGAACCCAUCAAUCAUUUUCUCAAGGUAAAAACUCACCUACUACGUUUCAUUUUUUUAUUUCUUUUACAACUCAAGUCAUUGCGUUAGUUCACGAACUGUUGGUACUGUUCCACCGACUCGCACACCUCUGUUAUACCCAUAUAAGCGCAGAGCAUCUAGUUUUUCUUUUACGUGCAUGAUAAAACAUGGAAUCUAUUCAUAUCUGCUAAGGGCAUUUUAUGGUCUUAAUUACCCUCAACAAAUAUUGCGCAAAUAUUGCGACAAUCACGAUUCCACUUAAAAGAAAACCACCCUGCACUGUUUUAUAAUACUGAUGUAUGUGGUUCAGUUUUAUCCUUGGUUUCAAGUUUAUUUCCCUUUGUUUUAAACUCAUUAUCAUACAUUACCAUACCCCAAAGCAAAGGGAAAUAAAAUUUAAACCAAGGAUAAGAUUGAACCACAACACAUGCAUAAAAAAACGUUGACCGUGCAGAUUGUUCGCCAAGAUGUCUACACAGACAUGAACGUGGUUCCUGUUCUCCCCCUGAGGAAACGUGACUCGCUCGGGCGCGUACAGCACCUGAAUGCUUACGCUUUGGAUUUCUUCAAGCAUGGAUCUACUAAAUGCCUUGAGGAGGAAAAUGGGUAUGUGACAAAAUUGUUUAUAAAGUGUUAAAGCGUAUAUGAAACACCUGAAAUUGUGCUAGUACUUAACUACUUUUAGAUGUUCGGUUGUCCACGUUCUACAUGUAUUUCUAUUUUGUUGCGGCUACUGUAUAACCGAUUUAACGGGUUUUAAUUAAGUUGGAAUGUUUGGAUCCAAGAGGAAACGGCUUAUUUCGAUUGUUUGAUUGAAUUCCUUUGCCAAAGCAAGCUGGUUGGCUACCAAGAUAACAGAAAGGAUAUAUAAGGGCAAUUGUGUGUCUUAAGUUGUUAUUUUAUUUCACCGCAAAACGGGAGAAAACAUUCCCACUAUACUACUUACAUCUAUUUUAAGAUUUUGUUCAUUUUGACUCUAGUCCUGUAGUUACCUCCAGUUGUUUCUUGUACGAUUUUAUUUUAAGUACCAUUUUGCGACCUCGACCCAAACUAAAUUCGGCCUAAUCGCAGGUUACUUAUAUACAGGAAUUAUUCUUAGAGCUAUUAUUAAGUUUAUCUGAUGUUUCCCUCACAGAGUCAGGCCCGGUGACGUUUUUCAUAAAUUAAAGGACUUUUAUCUGACCAUUAAAUCAAUCAGGUAAGAGUUAAAAUGCUUCGUUUUUUAUCCAUGUCGCCAAUCUUUCGCACUAGAUAGAGAGAUUUAGAGUCACGUCUACGGAAAACGGUAGACGACAGAUUCAAGUUGAGGAUUUCUCAAAAUAGAAAAUGAGCAGAUAAAAAAGCCCGAAACAAUUCUUAUGAAUAAAACUAACGUGUAACUACUAAUUUCUUGGUAUAAGUAAUGAACAGCAAAGGACGAUUAAAGGAAAUUGGUCACGUGCGCCAAAACCACGUUUGCCCUUUUUUUUCCGUAAAACGUGACUCUGAAUCUCUCUAUUAUUUUAAGUAUUCUAUUUCUAAUCGUCUCGUCAGUGAAUGGAAUUCUUCUCUCUCGUCUGUUAUUUGUGAAUCUAGCCUUAAUUCUUUCAAAGUCUCCCUUUUAAGUUAUUUACACUCAAAGUGGUAUUAAUAGGCAUACCCUCUAUGAAUUAUACUUUUAUCAAUUCUCUUUUAUUAUACUUUUUUUUUUCUUAUCUUAUAUUAGUUUCUUCUUAUUACAUUUGUAUUUCGAGGUUUUUUCUUGAAUGUGUGCAUCUACAAGACAGUUUACAUUUAUGUAAGGAGCGACAGUAGCCCCAGCCUAUGGAAAUUCAGUUUCUUCCUACUGCUAUCCCGCCAUCUUUUGCCGUUUUUAGGUUUAAUUUUUUAAUGGAUAGUUAAGUAUCAUUAAAUUCUAUAAAAUAACUAAGACAGUACACUCGAAAAGCUUGUAAAUCACACUCCUUCGGCUCGUGAUUUACAAGCUUUUCGCGUGUUCUCCCAACAUCUCGCGUGGGUUAUCACGCCGCUAAACCCAUAGAAACUGUGGUCUAUCGCUUAAAUAAACUAUAUGUGUAUAAGCAGCUAUGUUAAUUGAUGGUGGGCAUAUUGAAAUGAAGGUAUUUUUUCUAAUGAACUGCUGCAAAGCGCAGCGAACUUCGACUCUUAGCUUACCUUAAAAAACGAAGAUUGAAAUCGUCUUUUUUUGUUAAUCGCUUUCAGUUGUUCUUUGGAGGAGUUAGGGCCUGAAACCGACAAUGUGGUGCUGGCGUUUAAACAGUUGGCCGAGGAGUUUGGAGAGAAAUUCAGGAAGCGGUUUGAUAGUGAUAUUUAAAUGCCACAGUGCAAAAAUACUGUAAUACUGUAAGCGUAUAAACAGGAAGAGUACAAUUACAGUGGGAAUACAUGAAAAAAAGGAACAUAUAAUAUUCGGCAAAUAUAUAAAAUGAGGUUAAUAUAUAAAAAAUAAUAUAUGGCAGUGGUGAGGC